CAACUUACAGAUUAAUGAGUAGUGAAAUUUCUACAAGUUCUUCAGUUGUCAUUACGUCACUAUAUCAACGAAUUUUCAAUACAAAAACAAAAUUUUCGGGACCACUUGUAAGGGUGGGCAAAUUUCAAGGUCAUGACCUAACAUAUGAAGUUAAUACAGUGGACCCCUCUAUAGUCACCCCUGUACAAUUACAACAUAUAAAUCCUCACUUAUAA